GAAUGAUGGUCCAAGCGUUUUUGCAUCUUACUUUUGGGUUUCUUAAUUAGAGCAGUGGGGUACAGCAAAUUCGCACAACAAAAGCAACUAAAAGCUUAAACAACAUCUCACAGACGUCUAAGUACCAAAGAAAAAUGAAGAAAGCUGAGUUGGUUUUCAUCCCUACUCCGGCGAUGGGCCACCUUGUGUCCACAGUAGAGUUUGCAAAGCUACUUGUCACUAGAAAUCAUCAACUUUUUAUCACAAUACUGCUCACCAAGGUGCCCUUCGAUUCCAAGGUCGAAUACUACAUCGAUUCCCUUUCAGCUUCCUCUUCAAUCUCACAACGCAUCAGCUUCAUCGUUCUCCCAUAUCAAGAACAUACCAGUAUAGAUGCCAAUCCUCUGGUCUUCAUUACUUCAUUCAUGGAGGAUAAAAAACCCCAUGUCAAAAACGCUCUCAGCAACCAUUUUCAUCAUUCCAAAGAGGCGGCCGCGACGGGUUCCGACUCGCCUCGACUCGCCGGUUUGGUCGUCGACAUGUUCAGCACGGCGAUGAUAGACGUGGCUAAUGAAUUGGGUGUGCCUUCGUAUGUGUAUUUCACAUCCGGUGCAGGUUAUCUGGGUCUACUAUUCCAACUCCUAAGCAUAGACGCCACCGUAUUAUACAAGAAAGACUUUAGCACCAGCACCACCGAGUUAAUCUCCUCGAGCUUCGAGAACCCGGUACCGGUCAGUGUCUUGCCGGAUAUAUUUUUGGAAAAGGUUAGUGCUGAAAUAGUGGUGAGUCAUGCUAGAAAGAUUAGAGAAACAAAAGGCGUUGUGGUAAAUACAUUCAUGGAGUUAGAAUCCCAUGCCAUUCAUUCUUUAUUACUUGAUGGAACUUACCCUUCAUUGUAUCCUAUUGGACCUAUCAUAAGCUUGAAGAGUAACAAUUUUAGCGAUGCGGGAUAUUCACGAUCGGAUAUAUUGAAUUGGCUUGAUGAACAACCUCCUUCAUCUGUAUUAUUCUUAUGCUUUGGAAGCACAGGAAGUUUCAGCGAAAAUCAGGUAGAAGAGAUUUCAACCGCGCUUGAGAAUUGUGGGAUCAGAUUCUUAUGGUCUUUACGCCAGCCUCCAUUAAAGGAGAACAAGGAAUUCUUACCAUGUGACUAUGAAGAUCCAAAACAAGUACUUUCUCAAGAGUUUCUCGAUCGAACGGCUAGGAUAGGGAAGAUCAUAGGAUGGGCUCCACAAGUUGAUAUUCUUUCACAUGGGGCAAUCGGAGGGUUUGUGUCGCAUUGUGGAUGGAAUUCUAUAUUGGAGAGCAUAUGGUUUGGAGUGCCUAUUGCUGCUUGGCCAGUUGAAGCAGAGCAACAAUUGAAUGCAUUUCAAUUGGUAAAGGAGUUGGGAUUAGCUGUGGAAAUUAAAUUGGACUAUAGGAAUAAUACUAGCCUUUAUGACCAAAAUGAGGAUGGGAUUGUUAGUGCCCAACAGAUAGAACUUGGUAUAAAGAGGUUAAUGGGGCUUGACAAUGAAGCAAGGAAUAAGAUAAAAUUGAUGAGUGAGAAAUGCAAAAAGGCGUUAAAGGAUGGUGGAUCCUCGCAUUCAUCGUUGAACAAUUUGAUUAAAGCUGUAAUGGAUGUAUAGUCUGCCAUGAAGGCCUUUAAGCUUGAGUUCUAUUAAUAUAUUGCAUAAAAAUACGAGUUUGGAUUGUUGUAAA